CAAAUUCGUCAACAGUCUCAGAAGCUAGUCCAAACUAGUGGGAGGUUGUGUACACAAACAAGAAAAAAGGGUUCAAUCAGUGAUGGCCCGUGGUAAGGUCCAGAUGAGGAGGAUAGAAAAUCCGGUGCACCGCCAGGUAACCUUCUGCAAGCGGCGAAUGGGCCUGCUCAAGAAAGCUAAGGAGUUGUCUGUUUUAUGUGAUGCUGAUAUUGGUGUCAUUGUGGUCUCCCCUCAUGGCAAGAUUUAUGACUUGGCCACCAAUGGGAACAUGCAAGGCUUGAUCGAGAGGUACAGAAGCUAUUCAGAAAUGCAUAGUGAAAGUGAACAGAACAAAACUCAGGCAAUACAACAAGAGGUAUUAGCAUUAACGCGUGAAAUUGACCUCUUUCAAAAGGGUUUAAGGUACAUUCAUGGAGAGAAAGAUACGAAACACAUGAAUCUUGGUGAGCUCCAAGCCCUUGAAAAUAAUCUUGAAAUGUGGUUACAUAACAUUCGCUUCCAGAAGAUGCAGAUCAUGUCUACGGAGAUUGAGAUGCUCCGAAACAAGGAAGGCAUAUUGCAGGCUGCCAAUGACACACUUCAAGAAAGGAUAAUUGAGCAGAACAGGAUUCUGAAUUUCAGCGGCACCGUGAUGAUACCGCAAGCACCAUUCCAGCUAAACAUGGAGAGUGACUGCUAUCUAUAGGCAAAGCUGCUGACUGCCGUCCUACCAAGUGAUCAAAUCAUCUCAUCAAUGCUGUUUCCAGUUCAACCAGGCUAUCAUACUGGGGCCUCAGAUCGUUCAUAUCU